ACUGAAGCGGACGUGGGAUGCGGGUGAUGGGAUGAGGUGAGACACAGCGGACGGCGAUGUGAAGAAAGACUAUUGAACUAUCAUGUCUUUAUUAAAUGAUACGGAAAACAGUGCGAACUCCAGUUCUCCGCACGCGGCUCUUCACAUGACCUCACCUCAGGCUCACAGGGCUGAGAUCCUGGAGAAUCCACUCCGGACCUAUCUCCUGGGAAUCAUAAUCUCCAUAUGUGGGAAUAUCCUCAUCAGCAUUUCACUCAACAUACAGAAAUAUGCCCACGUCCGUCAGUCUCAGCGAGGCUCCAAGCCCUACUAUACGUCUGUGAUGUGGUGGUGUGGUGUGGCUCUCAUGGGUGUCGGGGAGCUGGGGAACUUUGCUGCCUACGGCUUCGCCCCAGCGUCGCUCAUAGCCCCGCUGGGCUGCGUGUCUGUCAUAGCCAGUGCUAUCAUAUCUGUGAUUUUCCUCAAGGAGACGGUGCGGGUCUCUGACAUUGUUGGUGGCACCCUGGCAAUAACAGGAACGUAUGUCCUGGUGACGUUUGCCCCCCACACCACCACACACAUCACAGCCCAUCUGAUCCAGUACUACGUCAUCAGCUGGUACUUCGUGCUUUACCUUUUCUUAGAGGUCCUCGUCUUUUGUAUCCUGCUCUACGUGUACAAGAUCAGGAAAGUGAAGCACAUAGUCAUUGUGAUGCUGCUGGUUGCCCUGCUCGCCUCUCUGACAGUCAUCUCAGUCAAAGCCGUGUCGGGGAUGAUCACAGAGUCCAUAAAAGGCCAGCUGCAGCUCAUCUACCCCAUCUUCUACGUCAUGCUCGUCAUCAUGAUCGCCUCCUGUGCCUUCCAGAUCAAAUUUCUCAAUCAGGCAAUGAAAAUGUUUGAUGCCACUGAGGUGGUUCCUAUCAACUUUGUGUUUUUCACCGCUAGUGCCAUUGUUGCAGGAAUUGUGUUUUACCAGGAAUUUGAAGGCUUGGCUCUACUAAACAUUUUCAUGUUUCUUUUUGGCUGUCUCCUGUCUUUCCUCGGGGUUUUCCUGAUAGCCCGAAACAGGCCAAAAAUAAAGCAACAAGAUCCCAAUUUUAUUGCAAUGGAUAAGAUUCCCAGGAGAAGGCACACAGACAAAGUGCAGCCUGAGGCCAAGACUCAGACAUACGGAUCGCUGGCAGCCAAACUCAUGUGCAACAGCGCCAGCCGGACCCACGACGAUUCGUAGGAGUGGCUCCAUCUGUUGGGACUGGAGCUUUGGGGUGGAUUAGUAUAUGUGUGCAUCCUUACCCCCUGGUACUUCGAUAAUAUCUCUAUUUAUAAAAAUUAAUGGUAGACAUCUAUUCGUAUUGGUGGCCAUGAUGGUCUUGGAUUUUUUUUUAAUUUAUCAAAAUGACCAAUUACCUCUUCAAAUAUCCCAGAAAUCUCUUGAGUGAAAAGUAUUUCCAGCAGUGUUAUGAGGAAAAAUAAUUUAAGAAAAAAAGGUCAACGAGGUCACUGUGAGCAAU